UCCGUUGGUUCAGUUUCAAGCGCUAUAUCCUCGCAUAACUCAAGAACUAGCUCUUGAUAAUUCCUAUUUCAUAUUCCUGCAGCAAUGUCUCAAGAUCCAAUAUUAACAUCAAAAGGGUCCCAGGAGGAAGAGGAGGAUUUCUUUGGUCUUGACAAUUUUUUUCCGGAGCCCGAAUCACCUUUGCCGCCUCCAUUUUCCUUUGCGAGCUACGAUAUACCAGCGAAUAUUGACUUUUAUGUGCCCGAUCAUCGCAAAUCAUUGAUUCUGAGACUAGUCGGCAGUCAUCCCCUCUGGGGCCAUCAUCUAUGGAACACUGCUCGGACAUUAAGCACAUACCUUCUUGAAACACCUCAAAUCACCCAAUCUCGCCAUGUUCUUGAACUCGGCGCAGGUGCCGGUCUACCGUCUAUUGUGUGUGUCCUUGCAGGCAGCUCCAAGGUCAUCGUUACAGAUUAUUCCGACGAGGGACUGCUGGAUAACCUUCGAUUCAAUGUCGACGUCAACCUUGAAGGGGAGGAAAAGGAGAGAAUAGCUGUUGAUGGGCAUGUAUGGGGCCAAUCCGUCGAUCCUUUACUAGGUCAUCUCCCCAAGGGUCAAAAGUAUGACCUUUUAAUUCUGAGCGAUCUUGUCUUCAACCAUUCCCAACAUGACGCCUUGAUCAAAACUGUCGAGGCUACAUUAACUUCUUCAUCCACACAGUCAUACGACCCCUCCAAUCCCUCUGCGCCCCUCACUGAACCCUCUAUUCUUGUCUUUUUCACUCACCACCGACCUCACCUUGCACAUGCCGAUAUGGCCUUUUUCCCCCGUCUCGCAGAAUCAGGAAACGGAUGGGCAUAUGAAAAAGUUGUAGAAGAAUGGGCUGGUGCCAUGUUCGAAAAUGACCCCGGAGACAAAAAAGUUAGGGGUACUGUGCACGGUUGGCGAGCUUGGAGAGUACGGGAUGGCGAAGAAAGGGGAGAGAAACCUUCAAGAAUUUCAUUGUAGUUUUGUUUUUAACAUGCAUUUGCCAAACUAUGCCAAUGAUAUCCAUUAUGCACUCG